CCAAAAUUCCUUCCUUUGUGGUUUAACCUCCGAACCCUCUUCUUCUUCCUCCUCCUCCUCUUCUUCCUUUGUUAAAUUAAGCACGCGGAUAUUUAUAGAGCCAUCCUUCCACGCCAUUGAUAGGUAGAGUACCGGAGGAAGAAGAGCAAACCAAAAGAGAAGGAAGAAAGAUGAGCAACGGAGGCUGCGGCGUCGGAGGAGGAGGAGGAGGAGGAGGGAUAGCGACGCGGACGAGGGUGGGGAAGUACGAGCUCGGGCGGACCCUCGGCGAGGGAAGCUUUGCCAAGGUCAAGUACGCCCGCAACGUGCAGACCGGCGACAGCGUCGCCAUCAAGAUCCUCGACAAGCAGCAUGUCCUCCGCCACAAGAUGGUCGAGCAGAUAAAAAGAGAGAUAUCUACCAUGAAGCUGAUUAAGCAUCCAAAUGUUGUCCAAAUUCAUGAGGUUAUAGCUAGCAAGACAAAGAUAUACAUUGUUCUUGAAUUAGUUGAUGGAGGCGAGCUUUUUGACAAAAUAGUCAACCAUGGAAAAUUAAAAGAAGACGAAGCAAGGAGAUACUUUCAGCAACUAAUCAAUGCCGUGGACUACUGUCAUAGUAGAGGUGUAUACCACAGAGACCUAAAGCCAGAGAACUUGAUUUUAGAUUCUUUCGGUGUACUUAAAGUUUCUGACUUUGGUUUAAGUGCAUUUGCCCCACAAAUACGGGAGGAUGGAUUAUUGCAUACUACAUGUGGAACUCCUAACUACGUCGCACCUGAGGUCCUCAAUGAUAAAGGCUAUAAUGGUACAACCUCAGAUGUAUGGUCAUGUGGUGUAAUACUAUUUGUUCUAAUGGCUGGAUACUUGCCCUUUGAUGAGCCGAACAUCAUGAAUUUGUAUAAAAAGAUCUCUAAGGCAGAUUAUUCAUUCCCAGCUUGGUUCUCGUCUGGUGCAAAGAAACUUAUUGCUCGUAUUCUAGAUCCAAAUCCUCUAACUAGAAUAACAAUUCCAGAAAUUUUAGCAGACGAAUGGUUCAAGAAAGGAUAUAAGCCACCAUCUUUUGAACGUGGUGAAGAUGUGAGCCUUGAUGAUAUUGAUGCCGUCUUCAAUAACUCAGAGGCACAUCUUGUAACAGAAAAGAAAGAAAAGCCAGAGUCAAUGAAUGCCUUCGAACUCAUUUCUAGAUCACAAGGUUUCAAUCUGGGAAAUUUGUUUGAAAAGCAGAUGGGUCUAGUCAAAAGAGAAACACGCUUCACUUCUCAGCAUCCUCCAAAUGAAAUCUUAUCUAAGCUAGAGGAGGCUGCUAAACCCCUUGGUUUCAAAGUGCGCAAGCACAAUUACAAGAUGAAAUUACAAGGUGAUAAGUCUGGACGAAAAGGGCACCUAUCUGUAGCGACAGAGGUUUUUGAGGUAGCUCCUUCUCUUCACAUGGUCGAGCUUCGUAAAACUGGCGGCGAUACAUUGGAAUUUCACAAGUUUUACAAGAACUUCUCUUCGGGCCUCAAAGAUAUAGUCUGGAAGACUGAAACUAGCACUUAGAAACCAAAUGGUUUUGCGGUUACAUUUAUAGCUAGAUGCCGUGAUGCCGUAAAUGUAAAUCGACUGAUUCUGUUGGAUUUUCUUGUGCUUCUCAAUAAAACUUUCGCCUUGAUAUAUA